AUGGGCUCCAUUAGCACAUUUGGCAAUGAUUGCAGCGAGUUCUGCAAAACCCAACACUCGGGAAAGGGAACAACAAUUUACAAUUCGUCAAUUCCAUCGCCCGUAAGAUAUUCUGUAGACGACAUCAACUACUUUUCCUGCAAACACAGGUGUAGAAUGGCUGAUGUAAUCAGACCCAAGCAGGCAGAGGAAAAAAUGUACAUCUGA